GUUUGCGGUGGAACUUCUUACCAACCGUCUAGCAGUGGCAUCUCAACCAUGGCUGAAAUCUUCAGGAGCGGUAGAGUGCGGAGAAGUGAGUGUUUGAUUGCUUUCAUGAUAGUAGGACCGGCUGAAUUAUGUCACAAAAUAUCAGAAGGCUUACAUCAGAAUGCAAGAGAGAGGAGAUGGAACAUAUCUGUGCAUUUGUGCGAAUCUAUUGCUGAUGUUGUAAAAGCAAAAAUAGAUAUCUCUGUAGAUUUUAUUAUUUUUGCUUCCGACUUAAGGGCUGCGCAUGCCUUAUCAGAAAUAGAAGCUAAUAUAGCCAUAAUAGAUGAACACUACAUAAUCUCUGGUGCAACUUGUUUAGUAAAUUGCAAUGGAAUGUGUAAUGUUAUGGGAUUGAUUCAUAAAUCAAAAGCACUUUGUCACAAGUACAAUAUUCGUUUCCUCUCUGCCAAUGUUCUUGAUAUGCAAUCCUGUAUCUAUUUAGGGAGCAGGAUUUUUAAUAUAAUGGAAGGAAUAUUGGGAUUAAAUAGCGGUAUACCAGUUAUUGGGACAGUGGCACAAUAUACCUAAAAUGCACAACGAGAUACUGUAUAGAAUGACUCGUAUUGAUGAUUUACACUGUAUUCUACUUAAAGACUAAAUGUAAUACUGUCUACGUUUUUCCUCCAAUUUCAAUAUUACUCAAGUCGCUAAAACUAGAGCUUAUAUAUUGUAAGAUGAAAAAAUCAACUGGUAAAGCCUAUGCCUCUAGCCAGGAGGACAGUGAGAAUGACAGUGAUGUAACUGAAUGCAGUAUCGGGAGUAAUUCUACCGCUGGCACUCAUCGUAGCGAUACACCUACUCGAAGCGCUCGUUACAGACGAAAGGGUCGUCGCAGAAGUAAAACAGCCAAAUACAAGCCUUCUACAGACAAGCCA